AUGCGGAUCAUGGACCGUCACAGCAAAUUGGCCGAGAUCAAGCUCGUGUCAAAAUACUACCCAGUGGCCAACUACUCCUACCCCUCGCCAGCCAGCCCGACAAACCCGACCAACAACAACCUCGAUAGAUGUUCUGUCGGCUCCGAUGGCUCCGCACCCGGCCUCAUCGACGACCGUACCGACUCUGAAGUAUCGCAGGAGGACGACUACCAGUUACACUCGCACUCCACCGAGCUAUGGGAUAGCUUCUGGAAAGCUGGGGGCGAAUGGCGCCUGGAAGACACGCAACUCAAACCCCGUCAUCUGCGCGAAGAAGAACACCCAGCUCCGGCCCCCUCCCGACAACACACGAGGCAGACAUCUCAAAAGUCCGUCGAGGCUAAUGGCGUAUCAUGGCCUCUACGCAGCAGUUCGACCAACACCCGCAAGACUUCUGCAACAUACUCUGCAUUCCCCAGUCUCAAACCCGUCCCGCAUCCAUCAAGUCUUGUGCCCGCGCCCUUGUCCCCGAGAAGCCCCGUCACAAACACCGUUCCCAGUCCUUGCACCCCGCCACCACGACCUCGACGCCCCGAGGCUCUUCUCACUCCUUGUCUGAGGCAGCCGGGUCGGUCCCUGGCUGUCCUGACUGCGACUGCCCCCGCAAUGCAACACAACACAGACGUACGGCCCAAGACUUCCUCGGGAACAACACAUCGUCCCAAGAAGUCUACGGACGGACACACCCGAAGCCGCAGCAACGUCUUUGGCAUUCACAGAGUCGCAUCACGCUCGUCUGAAGAUCUGACCAAAGCCCCCGCCACCCAUGACAUUCAUCACGGACCGCGCCACUACAAGUCCACCACCUAUCUCGGCGCCGCCCGUCAACAGCAGCGCCAGCAGCAACUACAACAGCAACUGAAGGAACAACAGCAACUACAGACCCAGCAGCAAGCAACAGAACCCCAUUCGGUUUUCGAGCAUGACUCGGAUUGCGAAGAGUCUGGGGGAAUUUCCUUCUUUCGGUUCCACAAGCGCUCCAGCAGUGAUAAGAGCUACAAGGCCUCGGCGACAGCCCAGAAUGCCGCGGUCCUUCGCAAGGGUCGCAACCGCGCAGACACAAUUCCAGCCCCAUUCCCGACAAAGUCGCCCUCAGCGGAGCGAGAGCGCAGAGUGGACGUGUUUGGACGUAUGCUGGGACGCCGCAGCCGAUGA